AUGCGAACCCUUAUGGGCUCACACCAUACCCUCUCCACCGCCAGCAAGCAGCCUGCAACAGCAGCAGAGCGUGGAGGGUGGAUCCGCUGUUGGUUCCGCCGCUUCGAGCCCCCUCGUCUUUGGUUCCGAAGGCGCGACAACGACAAGCUCCUCUUGUCGUCCGCUGCCCAAGGUGCUGCCUUGAAGCGGGACCUCCACCGAGACGCAUGAUGUUGGUGGAAAGGAGGAGGAGAGGGGCAUGUUGGUAGAGGUUGGUGUUGCACCUCAUCUUGACGCUGGCGAAGGUGAAAAUGGCGAUGAUGCUGCCUGCGACAGCCUCGCUCGGCGGCGGCGCAGCUCGUCGAGAGGGUACAAGAGUUGGCGAUGGCACGCCUGCAGAUGGUCCAGGCCCAGCUACUUCCGGUGAAGCUCUAAGCGGUGCAGCCCUGCGGGACAUGUCUCCAGGUGCGAAGAAUGAGGCGCACGUUCGACCCAGGGCUGACCGCUUUAGCCUCCGAGGCGAUCGACCGGC